GUUGUUUAUUUUGCGCCUCGUCGCUGCAAGCAACGACAAUGAACACUGAGCAAGAAGAGGCAGUACUGCUAGGCUUGUUGGCAAGCACUUUUCUGGCGAUGCACGACGCGGAGAAGCAUUCGCAGAAGAGACGACGCCAGCGGCGGUGGUGGGUUCGUCCUGCUUUGCAAGAGCGCGAAAAGCUUGGUCACGCCACCAAACUACUACCCCUUCUGCGAGAUCGCGACGUGGAGUACUACCGAGAGUACCUAAGGAUGCCUCCACGUACUUUCGACACGCUCGUGCAGCUUGUCGGACCCCACAUUCGGAAGAAAGACACUAAUUUCCGGAAAGCAAUCAGCCCCGAGCACCGGCUUGCGCAAACUGUCAGGUUCUUGGCUGCAGGGGAAACUCUCCGCUCAUCUUGUUUUAGUUUCCUAAAUGGACGCUCGACAGCAUGUGGCAUUGUGUCGUCGGUGUGCCAGGUGCUGUGGGACGUCCUUGGACCUUUAUAUGUUGCCUGUCCAUCAAGUGCAGAUGAGUGGCUACAGAUUGCAAGCGACUUCGAGGAACGGUGGAACAUGCCCCACUGUGUGGGCGCAAUCGAUGAAAAACAUGUUGCCAUCGAAUGCCCCUCAAAAUCAGAAAGUGAGGACUACAACUACAAAAACUGUUUCAGUAAAUAA